AUGGACAGGCCCUUCAAGAUGGCCAACAUGACCCGGGUGCAGGAGUUCCUCCUGCUGGGCCUGUCCACAAGCCCAGACCUAAGGAACAUCCUGUUCGUGGUCUUCCUGGCGCUCUACCUGCUGACGCUCCUGGAGAAUGUGCUCAUCGUCUACCUGGUCUGCAGCCACAGCGAGCUCCACAGGCCCAUGUACUUCUUCCUGGGCAACCUCAGCUGCCUGGAGAUGAGCUACGUGUCUGUCAUCGUGCCCAGCCUGCUCGUGGGGCUGUGGACGGGCCCCUACCGCGUCCCCUUUACCUCCUGCAUGACCCAGCUCUUCUUCUUCAUCGUCCUCAUCUGCACCGAGUGCUCCCUGCUGGCCUCCAUGGCCUAUGACCGCUACGUGGCCAUCUGCCGGCCCCUGCACUACCCUCUGCUCUUGCGGCCCCGAGUCUGUCUGGGUCUGGCCCUGGGCUCAUGGCUGAGCGGCCUGUUGGUGUCGGUCGCCAAGACCUCGUGCAUCGCCACCUUGUCCUACUGCGGCCCCAAUGUCCUCAACCACUUCUUCUGUGACGUGUCCCCCCUGCUCAACCUGUCCUGCACCCAUGUGGCCCUCACGGAGCUGGUGGACUUCAUCUCAGCCAUUGUCAUCUUCUGUGGAACCCUGUCUGUUGCCCUGGGGUCGUAUGCGGCCAUCGGCAGGACAGUGCUUCGAAUGCCAUCAGUAGCCGCCCGGCGCAAGGCCUUCUCCACCUGUGCAUCCCACCUGGUCGUGGUGGGCAUCUUCUACUCCGCAGCUCUCUUCAUUUACUGCCGCCCCAGCCGCAUAGAAGCGGCAGACCUCAACAAGGUGCUGUCGGUCAUCUACACUGUGCUCACACCCAUGUGCAACCCAGUCAUCUACUGCCUGAGGAACAAAGAGGUGCACACGGCCCUGAAGAAAACCCUGCUCUGGCCCUGA